AUGUGGCUUCCAACCGAUGUCAGUGGCGUUCGUGUUGUCAGUUUCUGUCCAGAUCGCCUGAUAAGGCUUUCAAAUAAGUCAUGGUUGUACAGCAGUGAAGCAUCGGUGUUGAAAACUGAUGUCAUGCUGUCGAUGAUGAUGAUGAUAAUGAUGCUAACAGAGCCGGGCGAAAAUAGGUCCGUGGUUCGAAUCCGACCUCUGUCUCUCGACUUCCUCUGUCUAGGCUUGGGCAACCUGGCAGUAUCCCAGUCCUCGUGCUUCCUUCAGGUGGCAUUGGGUCUCAUACAUGCAUCCGUUUUCUAUCUCUGGCAGUCGACGGGUCUUCUGGACGCAAAAUCUCGAUUGGAUGUUUCCUUUAAGUCGUUUUCAGACGUCAGCCAAACAUCACCCACCCCCACUGACUUCCUCCAGCUCUUAUCACCAUACAAAUCAGAUCUUGGACCCCUCGUGUUUGAGGACUUCAGUGAACUUCUGACUCAGUACGAAUUCCAAGAAUGCUCUGUGGAUGAAUUCCGUGAACAGAGCCGUUUUAUCCUAGAGUAUGUAUGGGAGAAAUUGCACACCGGACACUGGAAAGAUGUCCCUCUAUGCUGGAGAACUGUGUAUGCUGCUGUCCGUUUGGUACGUGCCCUUUAUGUCAUCGCCCGGCUGAAGCCAUCCUUUCCAUCUGAUAUGCAGUCUAUGUAUCUACAGCGUGCUCUCGAAGAUUUGGAUUACAGUCUGCUCAUGGGCCAUCCCGUUUUUGAGGGUUUAGCAGCUGAAUUGGCUGCAGUUGUGCACAGAGGAUUAUCGAAUUUGCAUGGAGAACAUAGUCUCCCAAACGAGGACAGCCCAAUGAUCGCUUGUCCUAUGGCUGGUUUUCCUUCAGUUAAUCCCAAUUUAUGUCCUUUGAACCGUGUAUUCCGUCCGAGUAUGGAAAAAUUUCUUGCUUUGAUGAGGGUCGGCCAGCCAUUUAUUCUUACUGGUGCUAUGACCCACUGGCCGGCUUGUCAAUCGGGUAGCCCGCAUGCUUGGACUGUGAAUUAUUGGCGACGAUGUUUUGGCUACCGGAUCGUACCUGUCGAAAUAGGCCGCAAAUACACGGACGAAUCAUGGGGUCAAGAACUGAUGUCCAUCACUCGAUUUAUUGAUCAGUUUGUGUCCACGAGUUCGGAUUCGUGUGAUACAAAAAGCCAAACUCCUAAUCCACCAAUCGGCUAUUUAGCUCAGCAUCAGCUUUUCCUUCAGAUCCCUGAACUGGGUUAUGAUGUACACACCCCAGACUACUGUAUGGUUAGCGGGAAUGAAAGCUCAGAUGUGUCUGAUGUUGACAUUAAUGUGUGGUUCGGUCCAGCGAACACCGUUUCUCCGCUUCAUCAUGACAGCGAUCGAGCAAAUUUACUGACCCAGGUAAACGGGUAUAAAUAUGUGGUUCUGUUCACAGCUUCCGAAACGCCUCUCGUGUAUCCACACCCGGAGAAAAUGUUAUCCAAUACUUCCCAAGUGGAUGUGGAACAUCCAGAUCUGGCUAACUUUCCACAGUUUGCAUUGGCUCAAGGUUUUCAUGGGAUUCUGGGUCCUGGAGAAAUGGUGUUCAUCCCACCUCGGUGUUGGCACUAUGUUCGCUCACUGACUACCAGCUUUUCCGUGAAUUUCUGGUGGAAUGUGAUAGAUUCCCUCAUUCCCCCAUGGCCUCAUGACUAACGUUAAUAUGUUUGUACUCGCAACAGAUUUCUG